AUGGCAAGCACUCCCCCCGUCGAUCUAUCCGGCUUGAUCAAGUUCAAGGCCCUCACGCGUGGUCGAAGGGAGGCCAGGCGCCAGUUCGCCCUCGUCCGCGAACAAUUAGCAGAAAUCCAAAGUAUCGGACGUAAUCACUUGUUGUAUAUCGAAUGGCAAGGGUUCAGCGAACGCUAUGAGAAGAUCGAGCGUGAUAUGCGGGAAAAUACCAAUACGUGCUUGAGCUUUUUAACAGCACAUCGUGACGCCCUUGUUCCCCUAGUAAAGUCUGACAUCUCUGUGAAAGAUAAGACGGAGACUAUCGAGCAGUUCUUGAAGGCCCUGCAACCUUUCGUGGAAAAUGCGGAGGAGCUCCAGUAUACUCUCGGGAAGCUCACGGAUGACGUCGAGACGUUCCCUGAUAGGGUAGCUGAAGCCGUGUGGGCGGCAUGUCCCUGGUACAUGAAGCUGUGGGAUUCCAUCAAGACAUGCUGCACAAAUCUAGCCAAAUGGCUCUGGGAGGUCGUAUCACGGGUGGAUUCUUGCAUGGCUGACACCACAUCCCUGAACGAAAAGAUGCCAUUGUUGCCGAAAUUGUCCAGCAAACCGGAGGCGCCCAUCGAAUGCGUCUCCCUCCACGCUGCUUUGCAGAAUCUACAAAGUGCAUGGAGGAGGAUUGAAAUGCCUUGCAAAGCCCUCUGCACAUCUCUACAGCUCGCGAAGAUGAUGGAAGACCCUGAAUCGUGCGCUAUGUUCAUUGGCAACGCCGACCACGUCUCCACCCAGCUGCAACAAUACUGCCAGAUUUUUGCUACUGACUGA